CAGGCUGCCUACAUUUUGUUUAGUAUAGGUAUAUUAAGACACGUGUUCAGCAAGUAAUUAAAUAUUGGCUAAGUUAAGUAAACGUGUGUGAGAUUGUGCGAGACGCAUACCUACUAAAUGACAUGAUUUCUAAUAAAAUUGCGCCCAUUUAAUUGAGGUUUAGUUAAAAGUUUUCACGCUGGCAACCAUAAAGAGGGAAUCGGAUCUAGAUUGGUGCGGGGAAUCUAGCGCGGUGCCCUCAGAUUACCACGAGGAAAGUUUCUCUGAGGACGAUUUUAAAAUGGUCGAAACGGCAAACCACCAGCAACACCACCAAAUAGGUACAUCGUCAAAUAUAUGGAAUCCCCACAGUUUUCUAGGCAAUAUGUUUUUCGCCGGCGAAGGCUUUAAACCGGUGCAAAGAAUGACGCGCUCGACGCCGGUGACGGCGACCGUCGCAUCGUCCACAAGCUCGUCCCUGUUUACGAUUGACAGUAUUUUAGCUCCUAGACCUAAUCCGGCGUCGCCUCAACGACCGAUUUUACAUCAUCCCUUACAUUUUGGUCACAUCGCCGCUGCCGCAUCUGCCAGUUUUGGUGCGUCGUGCACAUCUGCCGAAUUUCUCGCAAUGGCAUACCCAGGACUCUAUCCAGGAUACGUACACGCACUUGCGGCCGCAUCUCAGGCGGCCUCGAUGAGCGGUGCCGGUCCCAACACGCACCACCACCACCCCCAACAUCAACCGCCGAAAAGAAAGCGACGGCACCGUACAAUUUUCAGCGAAGAGCAGCUCGAACAACUAGAGGCAACUUUCGAACAAACACACUACCCAGACGUCGUUCUGAGGGAGCAACUCGCGCUUAAAGUCGAUUUGAAGGAAGAGCGUGUCGAGGUCUGGUUCAAAAACAGACGCGCGAAGUGGCGAAAGCAGAAAAGGGAAGAGCAAGAGCGCAUGAGGAAGUUGCAGGAGGAGGAAGUCUGCAGAGUUGUAGAGCAACCGAGAUUGCUCGCACCACCACCGCAUUACAGCGACGACGACUCGUCCGACCUGGAGGUAGCUUAAAUGAUUCAUUAUUGUUUCGAUCUAGUCAUAAUUGAAAAGUUAGAAGACCGUAUUAAAUCUAUGUCGAUUUAUUUUCAAUUCCAAUCUAUCAAUGUACUGAAAAUCUGUUCCACUGUUUAGGAUUUUAAGCGUUUGUAAACUUGU